UUGUGGGGCAGCGGGGUUUGGCUCUGGAAGGAAUUUUUGGGGGGGUCCCCUUGGCUGGAGCAUCUCUCGGAGGAGGAUUUUGGGGUGUUGUGAGGGGAGGGUUUAACCCGCCCGCCCCAGCUGGGCUCGCUGUACGAGGUUGGUUUAAAAUCCCUGAGUUUAGGAGGGUUUGGAAGAGUUUAAACUUCUCCUUUAUCCCUCCCCCAUUUAGGACAGCUCUGCAAAGGGAGUUUAGAGGGGGUUCCCCCAGUUUGGGGAGCCCUUUAAAAGGGAUUUUAGGGGGUUUUUAACUCUGUUUAACCCCCCCAUCCCAUUUAGAAUAACUUGUAAGGAGUGUUUGUAGGGGUUUAAACACCCCCGUAUUUAGGCUGGCUCUGCCAGGGGGUUUUAGUGGAGUUAAACUCCUUUUUUCCCUUAUCUAAAGCAGCUCCUCCAAGCAGGUUUUUUGGGGUUUAAACACCCCUUAUUUAGGGUCUGGUGGGAUUUGGGGUAGCUUUACAAAGAGGGGCUGUGGGGUUUGUGUCCCCUCUCUUUUUUCCUGCUAAGGGGGCAGCUGUGGGCUCACAUCUGGCCAGAUGUUGAGCGCAGGGGGCUUUGCAGCAGAGCAGGAGUUAGGAGGGGCUUAAACCCCGGCUUAGGACAAACCUGGGAUCUGCACCCCCGUGGGACUAAAGGAGGGGUCCCCCAAACCCCAGCGUGGAGCCCCCCAUUCCCAGCCCGUGGAUGUCACAUCCCUGGAGGAGGAGAUGAUGCCCCCCGAGGAGGAGAGCCCGGAUGGGGACAGGGACGGUGGCCUCGUCCUCCUGCACGGCCCCAAGAGCGGCAGCACACGCAAGCAGGGCUGUGACCCCUUUGCCCAGACCCAGCGCAGCAAACUCCAGCACCGCCGGGCCCGGAUCAACCAACAGAUCAACAAGGAAAUGAGGAUGAGGGCAGGAGCAGAAAACCUCUUCAGGGCCACCAGCAACCACAAGGUGAAGGAAACAGUGGCUCUGGAGCUGAGCUACGUCAACUCCAACCUUCAGCUCCUGAAGGAAGAGCUGGAAGAGCUCAACAGCAGCAUGGAUGUGUAUCAGAAUGACAGGUUCUUGUCUUGUUCCAGUGAAUCCAUCAGCGUUCCCAUGAUCCCUCUGGGACUCAAGGAGACCAAGGAGCUGGAUUUGCUGGUACCACUCAAGGAUUUCAUCAGUGAACACUAUGGAGAGGAGGGGGUCCUGUUUGAAAAGGAAAUCAAGGAAUUCAUGGAGCUGCGACAGGCCAUGCGCACCCCGAGCCGCAACGAGGCCGGAUUGGAGCUCCUGAUGGAAUAUUACAACCAGCUCUACUUCCUUGACAGCCGCUUCUUCCCUCCCACCAAAACCUUGGGCAUCUUCUUCCACUGGUAUGACUCCCUGACAGGGGUCCCAUCCCACCAGAGGGCUCUGGCCUUCGAGAAGGGCAGUGUCCUCUUCAACCUCGGAGCGCUGCACACCCAGAUCGGAGCGCGGCAGGACCGCGCCUCCCUGCCCGGCCUCAACCAGGCCAUCGAUGCCUUCCAGAAGGCAGCUGGUGCCUUUAACUACUUGAAGGAAAACUUCUCCAACGCUCCCAGCUUGGACAUGAGCGCGGCCUCCCUGACCAUGCUGGUGAGGCUGAUGGUGGCCCAGGUCCAGGAGUGUGUCUUUGAGAAGAUGACCUUGCUGCGUGCCCAGAACGACUUCCUGGCCCGCCUGCAGCUGGCUCAGGAGGCAGCCAGGGUGGAAGAUGUUUAUUCCCUGGUGCACCAGACCAUGAGCCAGCCCCACGUCAAGGAUUAUGUUCCCUUCUCCUGGACCACCAUGGUCCAAGUCAAGUCAGAGCAUUUCAAAGCCCUCUCCCAUUAUUUCGCUGCCAUCGCCCUCUGUGAAUGCCCCGCUCCCUCAGAUGCCGAGCUGCUGGAGCAGGAGAAAGCUUUCCUGCAAUUCCAUGUCACCAUGCCAGAGGGGCCAUCACUUCGUGUCCUGCUGCAGGAUCCUGAGGAGAGGAGGAAGCUGGGCAAAGCUCACCUCAAAAAAGCCAUCAUGAAGCACGAGGAGGCCAUGAGGAUCCACGGGUUGUGCAAAAUCCUGAGGAAGAUGGAUAUCCUGCAGGAGGUCCUGUCCUUCGCCCACAAACGCUCCCUGAGCAAAUAUUCCGAGAUCGACCACGAGGAGGAUUUCUUUGAGACGGGAGAGGCUCCGGACAUCCAUCCCAAAACGCACCAGAAACCCGAAAUCAAAUCUCCCAACUUCUCCCAGGUGAAGGUGACCGACCUCUUCCACAGGCUGGGCCCCCUUUCCGUGUUCUCAGCCAAGAACAAGUGGUACCCAGCUCGGAGAGUCCACCUGAUGAGAGGAGAGAACGGCUUUGGGUUCACCCUGCGGGGAGACUCCCCCGUCCUCAUUGCCGGGGUCAUCCCGGGGGGCUGCGCUGCUGAAGCUGGGCUGAAGGAGGGGGACUACAUCAUCUCUGUGAAUGGCAAGGACUGCAAGUGGUCCAAGCAUGCUGAGGUUGUCCAGCUGCUGAAGAGCACCGGGAAGGAGGGGGUGGACAUUGGAGUCAUCACCCUGCAGGGCUCUGAGUGUCCCAAAGCCGUGGACAGGAAGGCAGCAGUGAUGUCCUCAGGAUCAGGGAUGCUGAAGAGCAACAAGGAGAACAGCAGGAAGAGCCUGAUGAACAGCAAGAGCGCCAGCACGCUCCUGGUGUGGAGCAAGAAGAGCAAGAGGAGCAAGAAGAGCACCUACAGCGGUGUCCCCUUCACUGCAGUGGGGGACAACGAGGCCAUGUACUGACCAUGCUCCAUGGAGCUCCAGGACUGGCUGCCUGGGAAGCUUCCCAAGCCUGGCUGGGCUGUGAGGACUCCCAGACCCGGGAAUGCGCCGCUGGUCGGAUCCGCGCCGAGAGGUGAGCGAGGCCCCUGCACCUCCCAGCUCCUCUGUCCAACGAUCCCAUCAGUCUGGGGGAAACUCUGCUUUAGUGUUCAUUCUGGGAUUAUUUUUUUUUUUUUUUGUGGGGGUAGCUGUGCUAAAGCAGGGCCAGCCAUUAAAGUAAAAAGUGUCACCUUCUGUAGCAUCUCCUGGGCUUUCUCUGCAAGGUGCGAGAUGGAGCUGCUGGAGGAACUGAAUCUUCCCAGAAUCCCCUUUUAUGGGGAGAGGGGACAGCUCAGGCAUCAAUGACUUGUGGUGAUCGCAUCACAGGGUCCAACCCAGGCAGCAUCUCCCAGUUGGGGUUAUCCAAAACAGGAUGGUUUGACCAUUUUUAGUGCUUUUGGGGAAUGAACCCCCAUCUUGGCUCAGAAAAUCCAGCCCAGCUGCCCGGUCGGAUUCUUUGGAAGAAAAGGGAAGGACUUAACCUGCAGUUGUUGUCUGGCUUUUUUAAUCAGGAGACAUGGAUUGCCCUAAAUAUUCUGUGAGGAGAUUAAUAACUAAGAGCCUUGGGGGGGGUUUAUUUUUCCUAGGAGGAGAUUAAAAUUCCAGGAAGAUAUCUCCUCCAGAUUAUUAAACUCUUAAAUUUGUGCUACUGUUGGAUCUCGCACAUGUUGCUGAUUCCCUGACUCUGCUGUCAGCAUUCCUGGGCUGGCCUGAUGCAUCCAGGCAUCUUGUAAUUGUCCUGGAAAUGCUGGGAAACUCCAGAUCCACAAAAGAAAUUGGUAGAAUUUCCCUCAUCCUGUUUCUGCCUGGUGCAUUAUUUUUGCUGAAGGCUGAGGAACUGUGUGUUCUUCAGUGCUUGGAUGAUCUUGGGAGGUAGAAAAUUCUCUUGGGAGAGAUGGGGUUGUAUUUUUGUACAUUUUAAGGAAUUUUGAAGGAGCAGUGGGGUCUUGCAGCCACAGUGUCCUCUGUGACUUCUUCUAGUGGCUCCUUGUCCAUUUUCCAAGCUCUUAACCUCGAUUUUAUUUAAGGAAAACUUCCAGGUUGGAGCAACCUGGGAUAGUGGAAGUUGUCCCGUGGUAGGGGGUGGAACAGGAGGGACUUUAAGAUCCCAUCCAAGCCAGCCCAUCCUGGGAUUUUAUGAGCUCAAGGAGAGGUUUUUAGCUCUGCUGUUGGCCAAGACUCCUCUCCCUAGCCUGAGGCAUCACCACAGCAGAUUCUGGAUCUGCCUUCCAGCACGGGGCCAUCUGGAGCAGCCAGGCUUCCCACGUCAUCCUCCCGGCUGCUUGGCGUGGGAGAGGGAAGGAAAGGAGGGGGUGGGGUCACAGAAAAGGCCACCUUGCCCUUAAAACAUCCUGAAAAUGUGGGAUGCCAACACAGACGUCUCCAAGCUGGAGAAAAAAUUUAUUUAGGAGAAGCCGUCGCGUUCUGCCCGCAUCACCCAACCCCAGCGUUGUGUUUUGUGGGAUUGGGAUGAUUUCCCUAAUUCAUUCCAGGGUUUUAUGGUGGGCUUUUGGUUUGUUUUUUUUUUAAUUUGUACAUGGAUUCUCACCUUUUAUGGAUUAAAAAGCACUGAUUCAAA